AUUUCACAUGGGGCAGCCCGGAGUUAUCAACCAUUUGAGUAAACGCUGGAUUCAAGUGCUGAGUGGUGGUUAACAGUCUGGCGAUAGUAGCAAAACAAGAUAAGAACUUCGCUAGGCAUAUUGCCUUCUCUCUUCUAUGCAAUAUUGAUUUUACUCGUCGGACAUCAACAUGCAUCAGAAAACAUAACUUUUACAGAGUUUCUCAUCAGGACGCAGCGCAUUGCUCUUUUCCAAACGGAUAUCUUACAACGGUGUGAUGAAGCACUGAGAUUUUACACCAUAAGUACUUUGUACCAACAUGUCUAAACCAAUGGAUCACGUAAAACGACCGAUGAAUGCCUUCAUGGUUUGGUCCAGAGCGCAGAGAAGAAAAAUGGCUCAGGAGAACCCAAAAAUGCACAACUCCGAAAUCAGCAAAAGAUUGGGAGCGGAGUGGAAACUUCUCACUGAGUCGGAGAAAAGGCCAUUCAUUGACGAAGCUAAACGACUGAGAGCCAUGCACAUGAAGGAACACCCUGACUAUAAAUACAGACCUAGGCGAAAGCCAAAGACUCUGAUGAAAAAAGACAAGUUUGCCUUCCCAGUGCCCUACAAUCUUGGGGAGCACGACGCGCUUAAAGUUAGCGGUUUAUCUCAUGGAGCACUUUCCGAACACCUAUUAGGGAACCCCGACAAGGCGGCAGCGGCGGCCGCAGCAGCGAGAGUCUUUUUCAACCCGUCCAUGUCCACGAACCCCUAUUCGUUUUUUGAGCUCGGAUCGAAGAUGUCAGAGCUAUCCUCGCCCUCGUUUCCUUACCCAUCUCUGGGCUACCCUGGUGGCACGGCUUUCUCUGGAACUGGCGGUGUCGGUGGAACUCACACCCACACUCACUCUCAUCCAGCCCCGGGCAACCCAGGCUACAUGAUCCCCUGUAACUGUACGGGCUGGCCCUCUGCGGGUCUCCAGCCACCGUUAGCCUACAUCCUACUCCCCGGGAUGGGCAAACCUCAACUUGACUACCCUGCAUAUGCAGCGGCAUUAUGAUAGCCUAUUGGACUUAGGAGAAGUUUAAAUGUGAAAAAAUAUUCAUGCAAGAGUUUAUUAUGCAUGCACAAACUUGUACAUGUGAUAAAGUGCUCGUCGUCUCAGAUAUCACAUGUGUAUGUAUAUUGAUUAAUGCCUUUAUCUAAGGUAGGGCCUAAUGCUUAUUUAGAGAACUCUCGAAACUAAUAUUCAUCUGUCAAAUCCCAGAGGGACAGAACAAAAGGAUGGCAGGAAUACAGAGAGCAAAGGGCCCUUGUCAAUGUGAAUACUAAUUUGAAAGGCACCAUGUCUGUUGCUAAAGCACCUGCUUUACUGGCUUGUUAUCAAGUAGGCAGUUUACUACAUCACACAACAAAUCAGAUAUAAACAUGAACUGGUCAUACUUAUCUUCAUAUAUUUGAUCUGAUAAUUAAAUAUUGUUUAAGAAAUAUAAAUCACUUGCUUUUAUUUGAUUUAUAUUGUUGUUCAAGAAGGUUUGUUCAUUUCUUGUGCUUCUGGCUACGCUCGUGUUGCUUUAUUGUUUCAAUCAGAACGACAUAAGCCUGUAAAUGUGUACAGAUAGCGUAAAUGAUGGUCAUAUUUAAUUUGCCAUUUGGCUAGUAUUUGAGAUGUGGUCUGGAACUGACUGGGUGGUUUGGCUCAAAAUCCAGUUGAUAUUUUUCAAACACUGUUUUAUAGAUGUCUGUAAUAUUUAUUGUUUAGUGGGAAUCAUUAUGCUGACCCGGUUGAUUGAACAGUGGACAUACCUUGUCCUGUAACAUUUGCACAUGAAAUAUUAAGUGCUUGUGGGAUGUAAUUUAUUUAAAGGAAUCACACUGCCAAGUAUGACGAGCCUAAAAGUUUUUUUAAUUCGACAACAAUCGGUAUCCUUUCUUUCAACAUUGGCAAUUCACCAAAUUGUCAUUUAUUAUUUUUUGUUUCUUGAGACCUUCGCAUUUAUGUGCGUAAGGUGCAGCACUCGUUUUUACUAACUCUUAAUUAAUUAAGUUGUAUGUUUUGUGUUUUAUUUAAACACCACUUACAUGUACUUUAAACUCGUAAAUGCUAUUAUGUUCAUUUGUUGAACAAAGGGUUAUAAUAAAGCUAUUGCGGACAAACAGAAAGAAUCGCGCUGUAGUUCUUGUUGAAUUGCUAACAAGAUUUUUAUCUGAAUUGCCCUGACAUGGUCAGCCCAGGUGGAGUGUAAUAUAUCCUCCAAAGUCCGUUUUUGUUCCCGCUGUGAAUAUCAUUACUCGGAAAUCUAAAUCCACCCAUUGUAAUCAAGAGCCAAAACCUGAUUUAUCACAAUUUGAAUCGUGAAUAGGAAGGAAGAUAAAACUGAGUUUCUUUAAGCCCUCCCAGUAAAAAUGAGCUCUUUAAGUCUGUAGAACAGAAAUCUCUUUGAGGUUUAAAACAGGGCCCGAAUUAAGUGUCAGCUUCCAAUUACAAAAC